GCCGGGACUAGCACUCGGCGGUUGUUCCAGAAGAAGAAGACAGCGAUGGCGGCAGAGCCUUCGAAGACUGGGCCUUCCCGGUCUGUCUACCAGCGGAUGGGGAGGAAGAGUCAGCACUGGGGUGCCGCUGAAAUCCAGUGCACCAGGUGUGGAAGGAGGGUAUCCAGAGCAUCCGGUCACCACUGUGAACUUCAAUGUGGACAUGCUUUUUGUGAACUAUGCUUGUUAAUGACUGAAGAAUGCACCACAAUUGUAUGCCCUGAUUGUGAGGUUGCUACAGCUGUAAAUACUAGACAAGGCUGCUAUGCAAUGGCUGGAUAUGUUAAAGAAGACUCCAUAAUGGAAAAACGGCAGCCUAAGACGAUAAAGAAUUGUUCUCAGGACUUUAAGAAGACUGCUGAUCAGCUAACUACUGGUUUAGAACGUUCAGCCUCCACACACAGGACUGUUUUGAACUCAUCAUCUGUAAUGUUGGACACUAACACUGCAGAAGAAAUUGAUGAAGCGUUGACUACAGCACAUCAUAAUUUUGAACAAUUAAGCAUUGCUGGAAAAGCGCUUGAACACAUGCAGAAGCAAACGAUAGAGGAGAGAGAAAGAGUUACAGAAGUUGUGGAGAAACAGUUUGACCAGCUUUUGGCUUUUUUUGAUUCCAGGAAAAAGAACCUGUGUGAAGAAUUUGCAAGAACUACUGAUGAUUAUCUAUCAAAUUUAAUAAAGGCUAAAAGCUACAUUGAAGAGAAAAAAAAUAAUUUGAAUGCAGCUAUGAACAUAGCAAGAGCAUUACAAUUAUCACCUUCUCUGAGAACGUACUGUGACCUGAAGCAGAUUAUCCGGACUUUGAAGUUAACAUCAGAUAGUGAAUUAGCACAAGUUAGUUCUCCAGAACUAAGGAACCCUCCCAGGUUGAGUGUGAAUUGCAGUGAGAUCAUCUGUAUGUUCAACAAUAUGGGAAAGAUUGAAUUUGGGGACUCGGCAAAAUGUUAUCCCCAAGAAAAUGAAAUUAGACAGAAUAUUCAAAAGAAAUAUAGUAACAAAAAGGGACUUUCUUGUUAUGAUACAUACCCACCACUAGAAAAGAAAAAGGUUGACAUGUCUGUCGUAACCAAUGAAGCACCACCACCUCCUUUGCAACCUGAGACAAAUGAUGUACAUUUAGAAGCAAAAAUCUUCCAGCCACAGAAAGACGUUGUUGCAACAGCAUCCUCUAAAACCAUUGCUGUGUUACCUCAGAUGGGAUCUAGCCCUGAUGUGAUAAUUGAAGAAAUUAUUGAAGAUAACAUGGAAACAUGCAGCACCGAUGAUCUUGGGGAGACACCUAGAUAUCCAAAAAAGCUGCUUCAGAAAAACUCAUCUGUUCCUUUUGGAUCAAAAGCAGGUUCCGCAGAGCUAGUUUUUGUAAGCCAUGUAAUAGAUCCUUGCCAUUUCUACAUUCGGAAGUAUUCACAAAUCAAAGACGCAAAAGUACUGGAGAAGAAGGUGAAUGAAUUUUGCAAUAGGAGUUCACACCUUGAUCCUUCAGACAUUUUGGAACUAGGUGCAAGAAUAUUUGUCAACAGUAUUAAAAAUGGAAUGUGGUGUCGAGGAACUAUCACAGAAUUAAUUCCAAUAGAGGGUAAAAAUACCAGAAAACCUUGUAGCCCAACCAGAUUAUUUGUCCAUGAAGUUGCACUAAUACAAAUAUUCAUGGUAGAUUUUGGAAAUUCUGAAGUCCUGAUUGUCACAGGAGUUGUUGAUACCCAUGUGAGACCGGAACACUCUGCUAAACAACAUAUUGCACUAAAUGAUUUAUGUCUGAUUCUAAGGAAAUCUGAACCAUAUAUUGAAGGGCUGCUAAAAGACAUGCAGCCAUUAGCACAACCAUGCUCAUUGAAAGACAUUGUUCCACAGAAUUCAAAUGAAGGCUGGGAAGAGGAAGCUAAAGUGGAAUUUUUGAAAAUGGUUAAUAACAAGGCUGUUUCAAUGAAAGUUUUUAGAGAAGAAGAUGGUGUGCUUAUUGUAGAUCUGCAAAAACCACCACCAAAUAAAAUAAGCAGUGAUAUGCCUGUGUCUCUUAGAGAUGCACUAGUUUUUAUGGAACUAGCAAAGUUUAAGUCACAAUCACUAAGAAGUCAUUUUGAAAAAAAUACUACUUUACACUAUCAUCCACCUAUUUUGCCUAAAGAAAUGACAGAUGUUUCAGUAACGGUUUGUCAUAUAAAUAGUCCUGGAGAUUUCUAUCUUCAGUUGAUAGAGGGCCUGGAUUUUUUAUUUCUGUUAAAGACAAUCGAGGAAUUCUAUAAAAAUGAAGCUGGAGAAAAUCUGGAAAUCCUCUGUCCAGUUCAAGAUCAAGUCUGUGUAGCUAAAUUCGAAGAUGGAAUUUGGUACCGAGCAAAAGUUAUCGGAUUGCCUGGACAUCAGGAAGUUGAAGUUAAAUAUGUGGACUUUGGUAAUACUGCAAAAAUAACAAUUAAAGACGUGCGUAAAAUAAAGGAUGAGUUUCUGACUGCCCCAGAGAAGGCAAUUAAAUGUAAGUUGGCCUAUAUUGAACCAUAUAAAAGGACAAUGCAGUGGUCCAAAGAAGCUAAAGAAAAAUUUGAAGACAAGGCUCAAGAUAAAUUUAUGACAUGUUCAAUUAUCAAAAUUCUGGAAGAUAAUGUGCUCUUAGUUGAGCUUUUUGAUUCUCUUGGUGUUCCUAAAAUGACAACUACCAGUAUUAAUGACCAGCUAGUCAAAGAGGGCCUAGCAUCUUAUGAAAUAGGGUACAUCCUGAAAGAUAAUUCUCAAAAGCAUAUCGAAGUUUGGGAUCCUUCUCCAGAAGAAAUUAUUUUAAAUGAAGUACACAACUUAAACCCUGUGUCUGCAAAAUCUCUCCCUAAUGAGAAUUUUCAGUCACUUUAUAAUAAGGAAUUGCCUGUGCAUAUCUGUAAUGUAAUAUCUCCUGAGAAGAUUUAUGUUCAGUGGUUGUUAACUGAAAACUUACUUAAUAGUUUAGAAGAAAAGAUGAUAGCUGCCUAUGAAAACUCAAAAUGGGAACCUGUUAAAUGGGAAAAUGAUAUGCACUGUGCUGUUAAGAUCCAAGAUAAAAAUCAGUGGCGAAGAGGCCAGAUCAUCAGGAUGGUUACAGACACAUUGGUAGAGGUCUUGCUGUAUGACGUGGGUGUUGAACUAGUAGUGAAUGUUGACUGUUUAAGAAAACUUCAAGAAAAUCUAAAGACAAUGGGAAGACUCUCUUUGGAAUGUUCUCUGGUAGACAUAAGACCAGCUGGUGGGAGUGACAAGUGGACAGCAACAGCUUGUGACUGUCUUUCAUUGUACCUGACUGGAGCUGUAGCAACUAUAAUCUUACAGGUGGAUAGUGAGGAAAACAACACAACAUGGCCAUUACCUGUGAAAAUUUUCUGCAGAGAUGAAAAAGGAGAGCGUGUCGAUGUUUCUAAAUAUUUGAUUAAAAAGGGUUUGGCUUUGAGAGAAAGGAGAAUUAAUAAAUUAGAUAACAGCCAUUCAUUAUCUGAGAAGUCUCUGGAAGUCCCCCUGGAACAAGAAGAUUCAGUAGUUACUAACUGUAUUAAAACUAACUUUGACCCUGACAAGAAAACUGCUGACAUAAUCAGUGAACAGAAAGUAUCUGAAUUUCAGGAGGAAAUUCUAGAACCAAGAACCGCCAGAGGGUAUAAACCACCAGCUAUUCCUAACAUGAAAGUAUUUGAGGCAACAGUCAGCUGUGUUGGUGAUGAUGGAACUAUAUUUGUGGUACCUAAACUAUCAGAAUUUGAGCUAAUCAAAAUGACAAAGGAAAUUCAAAGUAAUUUAAAAUGCCUUGGUCUUUUGGAGCCUUAUUUCUGGAAAAAAGGAGAAGCAUGUGCAGUAAGAGGAUCCGAUACUCUGUGGUAUCGUGGCAAGGUGAUGGAGGUUGUAGGUGGCGCUGUCCGAGUACAAUAUUUAGAUCAUGGAUUCACUGAAAAGAUUCCACAGUGCCAUCUUUACCCUAUUUUGCUGUAUCCUGAUAUACCCCAGUUCUGUAUUCCUUGUCAGCUCCAUAAUACCACACCUGUUGGGAAUGUCUGGCAACCAGAUGCAAUAGAAGUUCUUCAACAACUGCUUUCAAAGAGAGAGGUGGACAUUCACAUCAUGGAAUUACCUAAAAAUCCGUGGGAGAAAUUGUCUAUUCACCUCUAUUUUGAUGGAAUGUCACUUUCUUAUUUUAUGGCAUACUAUAAAUACUGUACUUCUGAACAUACUGAGGAGAUGUUGAAAGAAAAACCAAGAUCAGAUCAUGAUAAAAAGUAUGAAGAGGAACAGUGGGAAAUAAGGUUUGAGGAAUUGCUUUCGUCUGAAACAGACACUCCUCUUUUACCACCAUAUUUGUCUUCAUCUCUGCCUUCCCCAGGAGAACUCUGUGCUGUUCAAGUCAAGCACGUUGUCUCACCUAAUGAAGUGUAUAUUUGCCUUGAUUCUAUAGAAACUUGUAACCACUCUAACCAGCAUAGUGACACAGAUGAUAGUGGAGUCAGCGGGGAAUCGGAAUCCGAGAGCCUUGAUGAAGCACUGCAGAGGGUUAAUAAGAAGGUAGAGGCACUUCCUCCUCUGACGGAUUUUAGAACAGAAAUGCCUUGCCUUGCAGAAUAUGAUGAUGGCUUAUGGUAUAGAGCGAAGAUUGUUUCCAUUAAAGAAUUUAAUCCUUUAUCUAUCCUAGUACAAUUUGUUGAUUAUGGAUCAACUGCAAAGCUGACAUUAAACAGACUGUGCCAAAUUCCUCCUCAUCUUAUGCGGUAUCCAGCUCGAGCCAUAAAGGUUCUCUUGGCAGGGUUUAAACCUCCCUUAAGGGAUCUAGGGGAGACAAGAAUACCAUAUUGUCCCAAAUGGAGUAUGGAGGCACUGUGGGCUAUGAUAGACUGUCUUCAAGGAAAACAACUUUAUGCUGUGUCCAUGGCUCCGGCACCAGAACAGAUAGUGACAUUAUAUGACGAUGAGCAGCAUCCGGUUCAUAUGCCUUUAGUAGAAAUGGGGCUUGCAGAUAAAGAUGAAUAACGCCUAAGUCUGGAACCCCCAGGCAGUUUCCCCACUAAGAAACUUUCCUAAGCAUAAGAAUAAAACUGUGUUGGCUGGAGACGGGGAGAGAGGCCCCUGAUUCAGGAUCAGUAUAAGAAAGGCUGCAAGAAAGGAAGACCUAGAAUGAACUGAAGCUUUUAAGAAGUGCCAAGGAUUACAAAGGCUUUGGAGUAAGAACAAAAAUCAUACAGCGAUUGUAUGCCUUCUUUUGCUGAAUCUCCGAAUGAGAAAUGGCAUCUAAAGGCAAGUUAUCCAAAGAGCCCUUAUUUUAGAUUCUAUGUGUUUCAACUAUUUUAACCAAUGUUUAUUUUUUUUAGAAUUCAUUAUUUCAAAAAAAUUUUUAACCUUUCCAUCAGGAUGACUGAUUUCUCCCUGUAUGUUGUGGUCUUCCUCUUCCUCUUUAUCUUCAGGAUCUGGGAAGUUCAGUGGUUCAAGUGGCUCCCUGGGAGAGGCAGCCUGUAAGCACAAGACAUUUUAGCAGCUAAAACCUCCUCUUACUUCCGAAGCCAGAUUCUGAUACUAGUGUUUACAAAAUACAACAUUUAUAAUGUUAAGUAAAAACUCUUUUACUUAUGGCUUAGAAACUUGUCUAUUCACACAUUGAUUUCAAGCCUGAGUAAUGUAUGUUUGAAUAUAUAAAAACAGAUUUACUUGUCCCUUAUCCGAAUUGCCUAAAUCACGAGGAGGUGCAGACUUGGAUCUUCGAGGUGGAUUGCCUAUUAGAAUAAAAUUGUCAGAGUUAGAUUUAACAGUUAAUUGAAAAUUUUACUAGUAUGAUCAAACAUUUCCUUAGUUCAUAUCCUGUGAACUGCUGUCCUUUAUCCAUUAGUUAAGGAUGUCUUAAUGUUUUUCUUUACUAAUUUGUAGUUCUCUGACACAGGUGCUCAAGUCCUAGAUGUCCAAGAAGACAAUAUCUGUUCUCAGAGUUUACAAUCCUGGGGAAGAGACAGGUGAUCUAACAGCCUGACAGACAGACCCAAAUGUAUUUCAGAGACAAUCACAAGGUGUAAGGUGCAGAUAAAAGGCAUCUAACACGUGUGGAAUUUGGCUUCACCAAAUAACGGGGUAUUUAGUUAAAACAUAAAUGCCCUUGUGGCUGUGGUGUAAACUUUCUAUAAUAUGACCAGCACACCAAUCACAUACUGUACCAGCAACACAUACAUUACAAAAUAAACACACCUCCACCAACAACAAAGUGAGGUGAAUCUCUCAAAAUACACUGAAGUGCCAGUAUUUUCAUCCUAUGUGCCAAUUCAUAUUGUAAACACUCAACUUGGAAGGGUCUCGAGCAAGUGCCAGAAUCUGACCUACAUGUUAAAAAGUGUAACGGAGCUGGAUGUUACAGGAGAAUGGCCUGAAGGAGGAGAGCGAAGGCAGGCGGUCAGCCAACAAGCUGCCGGGCGUGUGAGGCGGCUGUGCUGUGCCUGUGAGACAGGAAUGGUUCCAUUACACCACGGGAAACGACUGAUUUAUAGGUCCCAAACUGCCACACAUCAGCAAUUUCAUGAUUCAGUGUAACUAACAGAUCCAGAAAAUAACAUCCGAAGGAUCAGUCUAGGGACUGCUGGGAGUGGAUGGUGAAGGAUAACAGAAAAAGUACUCGGAGUACACAGGCGUCUGGGCUUGAGCCAAGGGGCAGAUGGCAAACAAGGCUCUGGGGGAGAGCAGGAGUGCUCUGUUUGGGAUGACACAAGAAUGUCAAGCUUCACCCCCAGAGGUUAUGUGUGCAAAGUUAACUAUGACUAAAGCUGUGUGACAUCAUUUCUCAUAACCACCUCUACAGAAAAGACGAAUAAUAUUCCCAUUUUAUAGGCAAGAAAACCAAGGCUAAGUAGUUAAAUAACCUGCCAAGGUUGUCAACUAAUAAAAGGCAGAACCAGGCUGCAAAGCCACUGUAUAUCAAAUUUAAUUCUUCUCAGGCUGAUUAUGAACUAACUUUAACUUGAACCCCAAGUAUCCACCAACUAGGCAGGAUAAGGAGAGGUGACCGUGGGCAUGGACAGGCUCCAGGUUCCAGCACACUGUCCAGAGGACUGUGUGAACCCACCCUGGAAAGUGGGGACGGAGGAAGCUGGGGGUAUACAGUGCCGGAAUAGCUGGGUGGGGACUAGGGGAGGGAUGUUGAUGACCCCAAGAGAGGGAAAGAACUAAGAAGCACGGCUCAAAGGGAAAAGCUGAAAGUGAACUACUUUAAGAAUUUAGGUUCAUCAAAAGAUACUAUAAAGAGCAAAAAGACAAGCCAUGAACCAGGAGAAGAUACUGAUUUGCAAUAUAUGUAGGUUAAAAAUAUACCACUUAUACCAGGGGGCCCCAAGCCCCGCCAUAUACUGGUCUGGGGCCUGUAGAAACUGGGCCACACAGCAGGAGACGAGCAGCGGGUGGGCGAGCCAGCAAAGCUUCACCUGUAUUUACAGCAGCGCCCCAUCACUUGCAUGACCACCUGAGCGCCGCCUCCUGUCAGAUCAGCAGCGGCAUUAGAUUCUCGCAGGAGCAAGAGCCCUAUUGUGAACUGCAUGUGCGCGGGAUCUAGGGUGCGCGCUCCUUGUGAGAAUCUAAUGCCUGAUGACCUGUCACUGUCUCCCAUCACCCCCAGAUGGGACCGUCUAACUGCAGGAAAACGGGCUCAGGGCUCCCCGAUUCUACGUUAUGGUGAGUCAAAAUUAUUUCAUUAUAUGUUACAAUGUAAUAUUAGAAUUAAAG